CUGGAAAGCCAGGGAGAUGGACACUAAGACCCCACGCCGCUGCAGCAUAUGUCGCGUAUUCCUGCCUGCUGCCUGUGGGCACUUGGGCGUCUAAUCCCUGUGCUGAAGUCGGAUUUAAGGGGCGUUCAGCCCUGUGGGAAGGCUGGAGCCAGGCUGGUUUGCUCCCGAUAGCAGGGGUGACAGCCCUUUCCAGCCAGUGUUCAGCUCACGCAGCAUCUUCUCGCUACACUUCAGCAACUGCCUUCCUAGGAAACAAAGCCGAGCUGCAGGAGCUGCUUCAUCCGAAACAUGGAAGCGGAACUUCUGAAAGCUGCAGGAAGGUAAAACCAGUAGAGUCCUCAGCAAGGUGACGAUGUACGAAUGACCCUUCUUACUCGACAGGUUUGCUGCACGUCUUCAUUUCAGAUCUGCGGAGAACAGCCCGUUAGUCCUGGAGCUAAUUCUGCAACUGCUCCAUGCACAAAGAUCCCACGGAAGCACCUUGAGUUUAGCAUCUAAAAUGUCAAGCUACAUCAUUCAAGUUGCCAACAACAGUAAGGGAUGUGUCACCGUUGUUGUUAGUACCAAUCCGAUAUUACGAUCAUUGAGUGAGUCUCUGGUCGUGCCUACCUAUGACCUCCUCAAGUCAUUCUUCACUAAGGAUGAGCUGCGAGUUUCACCAGGGGAAACCUCAGUUGUAAACACAGUUGGUAUCACAAAAAUCUUCACCUAUGGAGUUGGGUUGACAGGAGCAGAAUGGUACUACAUUAAGGUCACAAGAGAGGAUGACGAGUGGGUGGCUGUGUGUCAAACUCCUCUGCAUUGCACCUGGAUUGUGGAUGAUGACAAAAUCUACCGGGAAGAUAACCUGUCAAUAUUCAAACCAUUUGGUUUUGUAUCUGAUAAAUCCAGCUACAUCAUUAAAGUUACCAACAAAACCGAAGAAGUCAUCAAUGUUGUGGUUCAUGAAGGUCUGCUAGCCCAAGUGCUGAGUCCUGGAGGAAUUCUGAGCUAUGUGAGAGACAGCUACUUCAACUCCGGCAUUGCAGUUGAUCCAGGAAAAACCAAAACUGUUAAUAAAGUGAACCCCAAGAAUUUAUCCUCCUACAAAUCCAUUGGUAAUGUCGCAGGCAUGGUAGAUAUGUCAACCUAUUUUAUAAAGGUGUUCAGGAAAAGGGAUAAACAGAUCGUUCAGUGUAACACCCCUUUGCAUUGCACCUGGAUCGUGGAGAGCCAUGGAAUGUGGCAAGAAAAUAAACCUACAGAAGUUUACAAAUUUCAGUAACAUGCUUUUCUCCUUCUCGAUAUUAUUAUAAGCAAGCAGCAGAAGACGACCCCAAUGAAUAAGCCUAAUAAAUCCAUGGGGCUUCACCAGUAUUUGCUUUAGGAGACAACACAACAGUUGUGUGUGUCCUGGUGACUAAAUAUGUGAACUAAUGAUUUGCAACAAAUAACUGAUCUGACAAAUCUUUUAACUUUUCUUGAACAAAUCACUUGCAAAUAAUUUCUUACUAUUUAGCCAGUUCCACCGAGGCAAAU